CAACGGUCCCCGCCGGACCAUUGCGGCGCACACAGCUCCGCAGCAGCUCCUCUGAACAGCCGUGGGUGACAUGAUCUCCUCCAAGGUGGCACCAGGAGAGGAGGAGCAGCAGCAGGAGGCACCGGCCGAGGUGGCGCCGGCUGAGGAGGAGCUGCGGGAGACGGAAGGACAACUGGAAGCCGUCCCUCCGGACGAGGCGAGCCCAAGCUGGGCCACCGGGCCGCCGUUGGAGCGCCUGCCGCCCGUGGGUCAGGAGGCCCCGCCGCCGCGCCGCUGCCACACCGACUGCCUGGAAGCCCCGCUGUCCAGCUGCUUCCUUCGCCUCGGCGCCCUCGUGGGCGCGAACCCAUGGCUGUUCCUGCUCGGGCCUGUGCUGCUGACGGCGUCGCUGGGCACCGGCCUCAUCUUCCUCCCGAAGGAGAAGGAGAACCUCGAGGAGCAGUACACGCCGAUCGGCAGCCCGGCCAAGGCCGAGCGGCGCUUCGUGCAGAGCCACUUCAGCACCAACGACUCGUACCGCUUCUCCGCCUCCAGGACCAGCUCCGAGACCGACUUCGCGUCCAUCUUGGUGGUGUCCCGCAGAGACUCGCUGCUGGAGCCGGAAGCCUUCGCGGAGGUGAGCAGGCUGGACCGAGCGGUGCAGGCGCUGAAAGUCGUCCAGGAGAACGGGACGCAGAUCCUGUACCCGGAGGUGUGCGCCAAGUACAGCGCGGGGUGCGUCCCGCCCAACCCUCUGCUCUUCUCGUGGCAGCGGAACUCGUCGCUGAACCUGUCGGACCUCACCUUCCCCAUACACAGCGUGGCCGACCACCUCAUCCACCUCGCGGGCUUCUUCGGGGGAAAUGUCCUGGGCUACGCGACGACCGGAAACCGCCAGCGGCUGGUGGAGUCGCGGGCGAUGCGGCUGCUGUAUUACCUCAAGACGGAGGACCCCGAGGACCGCGAGCGCAGCCAGGCGUGGCUGACUCACUUCCUCGACCAUUUUAACGACAUGAAGAGCGACCUGGCUCUGGAAGACAUAGAGGUGGUCUACUUUACAUCCCUUUCCAGACAGUUGGAGUUUGAGGCAACCUCCAAGACUGUGAUUCCUCUGUUUCACUUGGCAUACAUUUUAAUCAUACUAUUUGCAGUUGUAUCAUGCUCCAGGUUGGACUGUAUAAGAAACAAAAUGUGGGUUGCAGUCUUUGGAGUGUUUUCUGUCGCCAUGUCAGUGGUGAGUGGCUUUGGCCUGAUGCUGCACAUUGGGGUCCCAUUUGUGAUCAUAGUUGCAAACUCACCAUUUCUUAUUCUUGGUGUUGGAGUUGAUGACAUGUUUAUCAUGAUUUCUGCCUGGCAGAAGACCAGCCUCAUGGAGAGCGUAAGCGAACGACUCUCCAAUUCUUACUCAAAGGUGGCAGUGUCCAUUACAAUCACCACCAUCACCAAUGUCCUUGCUUUCUAUACGGGAAUCACCAGCUCUUUCAGAUCCGUGCAGUAUUUUUGUAUCUAUACGGGAACAACCCUGCUCUUCUGCUAUUUUUAUAGCAUCACCUGUUUUGGAGCAAUUAUGGCUCUGGAUGGUAAAAGAGAAGUUGUGUGGUCGCGCUGGCUGGAAAAGCCAGACCAAAAAUAUUCCUCAUUUAAAAAGUUCUGCUGUGUCCCAUUCGGUUCGUUUCCAGAUGAACACGGAGAUGAUAACCAUCCCAUGAAUUUGUUCUUUAGAGACUAUUUUGGUCCUUUUCUCACAACUUCCAAAGCCAAGUUUAUUGUGGUGCUAAUAUACAUUUUCUACAUCAUCAGCAGUAUAUAUGGGUGCUUCCAAGUGCAAGAAGGGUUAGAUCUUCGCAACCUGGCAAGUGAUGAUUCCUAUAUCACACCCUACUUUAAUGUCGAGGAAGACUACUUUUCAGAUUAUGGUCCAAGGGUUAUGGUCAUUGUUACAGAAACUGUCAACUACUGGGAUAAAGAUGUAAGACAGAAACUGGACAAAUGUAUGACACAAUUUGAACAAAAUGAGUAUGUAGAUAAAAAUCUCACAGAGUUUUGGUUGGAGGCAUAUAUGCAGUAUAUGAAUAACACUGGAAAUAAUCCUAAUGACAAGAAUACCUUUAUGAAUAAUAUUGCAGGCUUUUUAAACUUUUUCCCUGUUUUUACAUAUGAUAUUAAUGUCUCCUUAUCAAAUGAAAUCACUUCUUCACGAGGCUUUAUCCAAACCAUAGAUGUUUCAUCCUCUAGCAAUAAGAAAAGAAUGUUACUAAAGUUGCGAGGCAUAGCUGAAAACUGUGAGGUUCCCUUGAUGGUAUAUAACCAGGCAUUCAUCUAUUUUGAUCAGUAUGCUGCGAUAAUAGAGAAUACUGUUCGAAAUGUCAUGAUCGCAUCAACAGCUAUGUUCAUCGUUUCCUUACUGCUGAUUCCUCACCCAGUGUGUUCCCUGUGGGUCACCUUUGCUAUUGCUUCUGUGAUUGUGGGAGUGACAGGUUUCAUGGCAUUCUGGAAUGUUAAUCUUGAUUCCAUAUCCAUGAUUAAUCUUGUUAUUUGUAUAGGGUUUUCUUUUGAUUUUUCUGCACACAUCUCCUAUGCAUUUGUUUCCAGUAAUGAGUCUUCAGUCAACAAGAAGUCUAUUGAGGCAUUAUACUUGUUAGGUUACCCAGUGUUGCAAAGUGCAAUUUCAACGAUAAUAGGGGUGUGUGUUUUGGCUGCAGCUAAAGCCUACAUCUUCAGAACUUUUUUUAAGAUUAUGUUUCUUGUUAUGUUUUUCGGGGCUGCCCAUGGCCUAAUUUUUAUUCCAGUAUUCUUAACCUUUUUUUGAAAGUUUGUUUGAAUACACAGUAACAAAUAACCCUAACCAGUUAUAUAAUUCUUGAUGGCCUGAAUCCAGUCUAAUUACAAAAUGCACUAAUUAAGGCUAGUCAGUAGAAAAAGAUAGAAAUGAAAUUAGAAGGGGGUUAUGGGGUAAGAAGAAGCAGGGGUAAGGAUAGGAGGGAAGGGAGGGUCAUGUGGGAUGUAAACAAGGCACAUUGUAUACAUGUAUGAAAAUGUCUCAAUGAAAACCGUAAAUUUGUCCAAUUGGUAUAUGAUAAUAAAAUAUGAAU